UGAAAGCCUCUGGUGCAGAAGACCUUUCAAACCCAAAACAAGGAGAAGAAGGUUUCAAAUUCCAAAUAAUUUCAUUCUAUUUAGAUUCUCUUUGAAGAUUCUUCCUGUAUUGGGCCCUAAAUCCUCUAAUCUUCGCUGUUUAUCUUUACUUUCUUCUUUUCCCUCCUCAGAUCCUUUCGAUUUUCUUCACAAAUUUCUUUCAUUGAGCUUCGUCUUGGAUUUAUGGAGUUUUGAUUUCACGCACGCUUUACGAGAUUCUUUCGAUUUUCUUCACUAAUUUCUUUCAUUGAGCUUCGUCUUGGAUUUAUGGAGUUUUGAUGUCACGCACGCUUUACGAGUUGAUCAGUGUGAAGUGAAAUGAGUUAGUCGUUUGGUGGCGUUGAAGAUCUCUCUACUAUUUGGAGUAAAAGCUUUACUCUACUUGAGUGUGUGAUGGAUUCAGAUAAUCUCUUGUCCGUGGGUGGGCUUGAGGUUGCCUGCCAAAACGAUGUUUAUCAGCAACUUCGGGUGGCCAUUGGAGACGAUAGUGGUGUUCCGAAUGAUGUUAGUGAAAAUGUUGAGGAAACUGUUGAGAGUUGUUUGCAGAAUGGAAGGGAUGACAAUGGAGCAACUGGAGAAGCUAGAGAAGUGUCGGAUGACUUAAUUGGAAACAAUGGAUUGCUUGAUUCUAAGGAAGGGGAAGGAAAAGAUAAUGUGGAUGUGAAGCAAUGCAAGACCAAGAAUGAGAAGCCUUCUGGCCCCAAAAUUACUUCUUCAACUUCAAUGAAGAAAAGUAAACAUGGAAAUAGUGUAGAGGCGAGGUCGACAGCUUCAAAUGGCAGAUUUGUUGCUACAAAUUCACAUCCGAAACAGCCUCUGAAAAAUCGAUCUUGUAAUGAAAGACAAGCCAAUGCAGCCAAGCGUUCUGAAAGAACUGAUGCAGCAUUCUCCAAAGGCCCUGUUGAGAAACCCAAACUAAAGCCUCUGAAGAAAGGGCCACUUGGUAUAGUUGAAGGAGACACAGAGUCCUGCCCUCCGGAAGCUGAUGCCAAACCCCGUAAGGUUGCUACUCUUCCAAGAUAUGGUUUCAGUUUCAAGUGCGAUGAACGGGCUGAGAAAAGGAAAGGGUUUUACACCAAACUUGAGGAAAAGAUUCAGGCAAGGGAAGAAGAAAAGAGCAACCUGCAGGCCAAGUCCAAGGAAACUGAAGAAGCUGAAAUUAAGAUGUUUAGGAAGAGUUUGAACUUUAAAGCAACUCCAAUGCCAAGCUUCUAUCAGGAGCCUCCACCUCCUAAAGUGGAACUAAAGAAGAUACCACCAACAAGAGCUAAAUCUCCUAAGCUUGGUCGAAGAAAAGUCUCAACUCCUUCGGAUUCCGAUGGUAACAGCAAUAGUGGCCACCAAUCAGUCCAGCUAAGUCUGGAUGAGAAAGCAUUUCGGACCAUCUCUUCCAAAGAAACUUCGCCCGUCAAUGUGAAGAAGCCACAGCGGAGGUCACUUCCUAAAUUGCCUUCUCAAAAGACUGGUUUGCCCGGUGCAACGAAUGAGGAAAAGAUAUCAAAGAUCUCCAGUCGGGAAAAGGUUACGCACGAGGAGAAUAGCACCAUACCAAAUGUAACAAAUGAAGAGUUGUCUCCAACCCAACAGCAGCAGGCAGUGUCUGCAGCUGAUUCAGGUGAACAUCAGCCCGACAUCAAGUGAGCUUAGUUCAAGAACCGAUUGCAUUGGAGCAUUAAGCAUGGCAACGAUUCGAAGUGGAUGUUCAUAUACAAAGCUCUUUACCUUGUUUUGCCUGAAUAAGGACGUCCAAGACCGGAUUAUUUGAUGAUCAAGGCUUAAAAAUAUUCUACGUUACUGGUUAUGAUGUUGUCUUCUCCAAUAUUCAGCAGCUUUCGUUAUUCCAUGUGUUGCCCGCAAAGGUUGCCGGACUUCUUGUUACGAUUCGGUGUUCCUGUUUGCAGCACCGUAUGUCAAUUGUCUACCAAGUUGACCUAAUUGAUAUUGUUUUUUUGGAGUCAUGUUGAUGUUAAAUAAUCCAUGAACGAAUUAGGUUUGUCCGAACCGGCCGAACAACCUAAUAUUGUGAAAUAAGUCCAUUUCGAAGUUCCGGUUCUGCUGAACUUUGUAAAUGUUUCCCUUUUAUUGUAUGAAGUUAACGCCUACAUUGUUUUGCAGAGAUUA